CCACUUCCCAUUGACUUACUCCCAAGGACUCUCGCCGACGACAGGCUUGGAUAGCCACUUUCUUCCCGCCAUCGCCCACCAUGAUACGUACCAAGAGUCUCGCGCUUGAGCAGAACAAGGAAAACUUACCUCCUCCUAAAGCCGGACGGUUAACUGUGAACUCUCCAGCAGCAUUUGACCGUCUUAUCAAACCGUUCAAGUGUCCGGGAUCCGCCAAUUUACGGAAGGCCAAGGGCGAGCCGGCCAGAAAGCGAAGGAAGGUGAACUACGCUGAGGCAGAUGGAGGGCAGGACGACGAGAGUGGCGGGUAUAGCAUUGAUGGAGAAAGCAUAGCGCUCAAAGACCGCUUCCCCAAGUUUAAAGUCAAGGACACAGAGACAACCUUUCGAGCGAGAUUCUCCAUACCGCUAAUCAACAAGAAUGCAUUCGAUCCGUCACGACCGGCGCCCACUCUGGGCAUGCGGCGAGGAGCAACAUUCGUCAACAAGCCUUUACAUGAUCCGAGCGGCGAGUUUGCCAUUGUUCUAUAUGACCCUACCAUCGACGACAAGCCACAGGGCAAACCUGUCUUAGAGCAGGCAGCAGUUGAAAAACCAAAACUCGAUACACCGUUGAUGCACAAGAGUCUUGCCGAAAUAUUAGGCAUCAAGAAAGAAGUCGAAGGCGAGAGGCCAAAAGUGCCGGUUGUGAUCGAUCCACGAUUGGCGAAAGUGCUACGACCCCAUCAGGUCGAAGGAGUGAGAUUCUUAUACAGAUGUACCACUGGCCUGGUGGAUGAGAAGGCUAAGGGCUGUAUCAUGGCAGACGAGAUGGGCCUGGGAAAGACUCUACAAUGCAUCACGCUCAUGUGGACAUUGCUGAAACAAUCUCCUGAAGCUGGGAAACCGACAAUCCACAAAUGCAUCAUUGCAUGCCCGGCAAGCCUGGUCAAGAACUGGGCAAACGAGCUCGUCAAAUGGCUUGGUGAAGGUGCCAUUCAUCCUUUCGCCAUCGACGGGAAAGCGACCAAAGAAGAGCUCACCAUGCAGCUCAAGCAGUGGGCAAUGGCUAGCGGAAGGUCAAUAGCCCGACCAGUUCUCAUCGUCUCAUACGAAUCUUUAAGGUUGAAUAUUGAGGAACUCAGAGACGUCAAGAUUGGCCUAAUGCUAUGCGAUGAAGGCCAUCGUUUGAAGAAUGCUGAAAGUGAGACAUAUAUGGCCUUGACGGGGUUGAAUGUUGACCGAAGGGUCAUCCUUUCCGGCACACCAAUACAAAAUGACCUGACCGAAUAUUACUCCUUACUCGACUUUGCCAAUCCUGGCUACCUUGGCACGAAGGCCGACUUCCGCAAGAAGUUCGAGCUACCCAUUCUACGCGGUCGCGACGCUGCCGGCACUGACACCGAUAAGCAGAAGGGAGUGGAAGCCAAUGCUGGACUCGGGUCACUGGUCAAUAAAUUCCUCAUUCGGAGGACCAACGACAUCUUGUCCAAGUAUCUACCGGUCAAGUAUGAGCAUGUCGUGUUCUGCAAUCUGGCUCCGUUCCAGAAGGACCUAUAUAACCAUUUCAUUCAAAGCCCUGACAUCAAAAGUCUCCUUAGAGGUAAAGGCAGUCAACCAUUGAAAGCCAUCGGUAUUCUGAAGAAACUGUGCAACCAUCCUGAUCUGCUCGACCUCGAAAAGGAUCUGCCGGGGAGCGAGAAAUUCUGGCCUGACGAUUACGUCCCGAAAGAAGCCAGAGGCCGCGACCGAGAUGUGAGGUCAUGGUACUCUGGGAAGUUUGCUGUGCUUGAACGCAUGCUCGCAAGGAUACGACAGGACACUAAUGAUAAGAUUGUUCUGAUCAGCAACUAUACCCAGACAUUGGAUGUUUUCGAGAAGUUGUGUCGAAGCCGCAAUUACGGAUGUCUCCGACUAGAUGGUACCAUGAAUGUCAACAAACGACAGAAAUUGGUCGACAGAUUCAAUGACCCCAACGGCGAGGAAUUUGUGUUUUUGCUGAGCAGUAAAGCAGGAGGUUGUGGUAUCAACUUGAUUGGAGCCAAUCGUCUUGUUCUAUUUGAUCCAGAUUGGAAUCCAGCGGCAGACCAGCAAGCCCUAGCUCGUGUGUGGCGUGAUGGACAGAAGAAAGACUGUUUUGUGUACCGAUUUAUGGGCACUGGGACUAUUGAGGAGAAGAUAUUUCAACGACAGUCCCACAAACAGGCGCUUUCCUCAACGGUGGUUGACUCGGCGGAGGACGUGGAGAGGCAUUUCACUCUGGACUCACUCCGAGAGCUGUUCCAGUUCAAGCCGGAGACGAAGAGCGAUACCCACGAUACAUUCAAAUGCAAACGCUGUCGACCGGACGGUGUGCAACAGAUCAAAGCGCCGGCAAUGCUAUACGGUGACACGAGUUCUUGGAACCAUUUUGUCAACAACGGGGAGAAAGGACCGCUUGGAAAGAUCCAGGACUUGUUACUACGGCAAGAAGCGUCGGAAGAUGCUGUCAGUGCGGUUUUCCAGUAUAUCAGUCACUAGAAACUGGAAAGGCUGUAAAAAGGUGUCAAAGUGGGCAAAACGUGCUGGGCACUGCCUGCUGGAGCGCCAGCAGGGGCGUCCAGCCUGGUUUGUGUACCAUCACUGGCAAAGAUAUAAGGCUGGCAGUGUUUAGCAGAUCCGAGCGGAUAUUUGUGGACGAAUUCCUAAUCUUAGCUAGACGGUAGAUCCUGAUAUAUCCAAGCACGGAAAGCCCCGAGUGUUGGCUUGCCGAAGGCCCAAAUGAUAAUGACUUUAUGAAGCG